GCUACAUUCCUUACCAAAAGAGGCAACACUCAAUAUUCUCUCUCCAUUUUCCUUGCUUAUCUACAUACACACAAAAUACGCAACAUGAAUGCUACUCAUCUUGCUUCUCUUAUAUCCAAAUGUGUCCUUCAAAUCCUGGAAAAGCCACCAGAAAAAGCGACAAACGAAACUAGUGAAAAGCCGGAGCCGUAUGACAAUGCAUAUUUUUUUAUAUUGUUUGUCAUGCUUUUUUAUUCUUUCCUAGCCCUGACUGUCUUUUUUGGCUACAUUCGCUCCAAAAAAGAGACCCAGAAGAAAGAUCCCUAUGAAGAAUUUAUAGAUGGGAAACAUAAAAAGCAGAAAUGGGGAGAACCAAGACCCACUGAGAAACUUGAGAAGUUUGAUUUUGAGGAAGAAAGCAUACCUUAACUAACAAUGUAUAUCACCAGAACAAGCUCAAAGAGUUCUGCCUUGACAACUUCAUAAAGAGAGUCUACACUGGUGGAUUAAGGUUUGGGAAUACAAUACAGUGUUGUACAUGAUUAUUGUCCUUGUGCUACUGGAAUCCAGCUGGAAUUAAUUGUGGAAUAUGCAUGGAAUCUGGAAUACAGACAAAAUUUACAAUCAAAAGGAACAUAUUACAAGGAUUAGAAAUUGUUUUGUGUUCCCUCAUUAUGGAACAUCAGACUAAUAUUGUGCCUACUAAAUACCUUUUCAUGAAGACCAUCUACUGGUUUUUGUUUAUAGUACGUUAGAGUGUUUGCAUUGUAUGAAGCCAGAUGGUGUACAAAGAAAUAGGAAGACAUAAUCUAACGUCAUGUGUGGUUAUGAGAAUAUUUCACUGAACAUUUUGAAUUGGGAUGCUUCUGAAUAAUCACCAAAAAUAAACUUUCGCUGAAUUUGAUGGAAAAGUGAAUUUCCUAACGCUAACCUAAAAUGAUCACCUGUCACCUGUGUCUGUAACAUAGCUUUUAAGACUUGUGUGGUGGACCCUAUUUUUUGAGUUGUUUGAUACACUCUAAGGAUUCUACUGCUUGUGUUAUAAGUUUCCAAUCAUAAAAACGAAGUCAACAAAAUGUCCUUUUCCCGGUGUUAAGAAGUUUGAAAACCAUGGCAUGUUAGAAAAUUAUUUGUUGUUUAUUAAAAAAAGUAAUUGAUUUGGAAUUAAUGUUGUACAUAAAAUGGUAACAUUGAGAUUUAACUAUACCAUUUAAGUGACAAAAGUCAUUUAAACUGAAUAGCCGUGUCAGAUGGUUUUUUUGUUGCCAUGAAUCGAUGUUGCAUGAUGCUAAACUGUUCCAUAAAACAUAAAUUGUCCCUUGAGCUCUAUUCAUUAUUUUAUCAAUAAUGAUUGUAUUUCGCCAUCUAAGUAAAAUGAGUUUGCAAUGUUCCACAUGGUAAUUUGCUGCACUUGAAAAUAGCUAGAAACUCACUAUCUAGAAAGUUGAUUUUUUUUUUUUUUGUAAUCAAAGAUUAAACUAAGCAUCUGAACAUUGCCAGCACAUUACUUUAUAAUUCUAUAAUGUUAUUUAAUGUUAAAUUAUCUAAGUGGAAAAAUAAAUUAAGAAGUGUCAUGACUCACUCACACUGACCUUCUCGAUAAAAGCAGAAGCACAGGUCAGCUAAUUUCUUGUUCUGUACUGUGUGUUCCAAUAUAUUUAAUUUACAAAAAAAA